GGCGGCGGAGAGGACGCGCCCCGCCCCCUGCCCCGCGUCCCCCUCCUCGGUCACCUCCCCCGGCUGCGCCGAGCCCUGCCCGGCCCACAGGCGCCAUGCAGAAGGCGGGGCUGCUGCGGGGCUACUGUGCCCGAGUGUGGAAGUCAGUGCGGAUGGCCAGCUCGGGGGUAGCGCGCCGGGAUCUGCUGGCGAAUAAGGUGGCCCUGGUGACAGCCUCCACCGACGGGAUCGGCCUGGCCAUCGCCCGGCGUCUGGCCCAGGACGGGUCGCACGUGGUGGUCAGCAGCCGGAAGCAGCAGAAUGUGGACCGGGCGGUGGCGACGCUGCAGGGGGAGGGGCUGAGUGUGACGGGCACCGUGUGCCACGUGGGCAAGGCCGAGGACCGGGAGCGGCUGGUGGCCACGGCUGUAAAACUUCAUGGGGGUGUCGACAUUUUGGUCUCUAAUGCCGCAGUCAACCCAUUCUUUGGAAACCUAAUGGAUGUCACGGAGGAGGUGUGGGACAAGAUUCUGGAAAUUAACGUGAAGGCUGCAGCCCUGCUGACAAAGGCAGUGGUGCCAGAGAUGGAGAAACGAGGAGGUGGCUCAGUGGUGAUCGUGGCCUCCAUAGCAGGUUACAGCCCAUUUCCUGGCCUGGGCCCUUACAAUGUCAGUAAAACUGCCUUACUGGGCCUCACCAAGAACCUGGCCAUAGAGCUGGCCCAGCGGAACAUUCGGGUGAACUGCCUGGCGCCCGGACUCAUCCAGACUAGCUUCAGCAGCGUGUUCUGGAAGGACAAGGCAAGAGAAGAAAGCAUGAAAGAAUUCAUGCGGAUAAGCAGGAUAGGCAAGCCAGAGGACUGUGCCGGCAUCGUGUCUUUCCUGUGUUCAGAAGAUGCCAGCUACAUCAAUGGGGAGACAAUAGUGGUGGGUGGAGGGACCCCAUCCCGCCUCUGAGGACAGGAAAAGAGCCCACCAGGGCAGAUCGGGCUCCGACUUCUGGGUCUGUUCCCAUUUCAUCAACAGGCCUUUCUCACCUCUGCCUGUCAUACUGCUCAAAAAACACAACACACACACACACACACUCACACACGUGUCAGCCCAGCUCCAGCCUUCCCAUUGGCCAGGGUGUGGUGGGUAAGGAGUCCCUCUGUUGCUAUAGCCUUGCAUAGACUUCCCCGGAGAACCCAAGGCGGGUCUGCUGAGAAGGCUGAAUCUACCUUGGCAAAGACCAACUAAUUUUUUUUCCCUGCGCAUCUGGGGAUUUGGGGGUUGGGGGGGAAGAUGGGGUGGAAGGAACCUGGAAUGGAAGGCGCAGGGUUGGCAAUUAACGACUUGCAAAUGAGAUGCAAAUAAAAUGCAGAUAAUUGUGUUGCUUUGA